CACUCUGUCCGCGUUACUUCUUCGGUGUCUCAUGAAGAGGUGAGUUCUGUUGUGCUCAAAUAGUGUUGAAAAUGUUGUGAAUUUGAGGCUCAACCCCCUGAAAAGAUUUUGACUUCUUGCACAAAUACAAGAAACAAAAAAUAUCCUUCCUCCAAAGACUCUCUGGCAUUCAUUAAAAAUUUAAAACAUAAAAGUUUCUCCACAUUUUCAUCGUUUUGUGCUUUUGCAAAUGUGUGCCGUGUCAAUUUGAAAAGAAAAAUAAAAUACCUUCAAAUCACCUCACUGUGACUAAAGAAGAGUGAAAAUUUCGCAGGUCUUUCCACUUGUGCAAUAGCUUUUGGGCCAAAAAAAGGGGGCAAACCACCAAAAUUACAAUCAUCGAAAUAAUUGAGCAACUUUCCCACGAGAAGGACUCUGUUCAUAUUUAAUUUGAGUGUGGCAAAAACGUGACAAGGAAAGUUUCCGCACUAAAUUAUUGAGGAAAUAGAGAAAACGCGUGUCAGGGAGCAUCGCAUCAUCAGCCAAAGCCACAUUGCUAAUCCUCCUGUGAGAAGUUCUUCAGCAACAGCGCGGCGUAUUUUUUCCUCCUUUUUCUGCAUAAGAAGCACCAAAAGAACGAGUCACGCAAAUGGGUACCCUUGUGACGAGAGCGUUGAUCCUUGGGAUCUGUUGCUGUCUACCGCUCUUCCUAAUUGUGCCAACGAAUGCCCAAGAUACGCAAAAUCAACGGAAUCCCAUUGGAUUCCAGGGAGUACGUGGUAAGAGAAGCGCCACGGAAGAUCCUCCCACAUCCACAUCCUUCAUCAGCCAGGAAGAGCGUCCCAGUACACCCCGUAUUGCCACAGAUGAGGCCAGUGAGUACAUUAGGGGAUUACCAAUCCUGUCGUUGGUGAAGCGAGCACCUGUCGGCUUCAUGGGCAUGCGGGGAAAGAAAGAUUCCGAAGUGGUUGCGAUAGAUGAACCACCGAUGGACAUGGAGGUAUCCCGUGAUAAAAAGCUCUUCCUCAAUUUGCCCUUCCGCUACAUUCCCAAACGAGCUCCUUCCGGGUUUAUGGGAAUGCGUGGGAAGAAGUUCUCCUUUGACUCGUACAAGCGAGCCCCAUCGGGUUUCCUGGGGAUGCGUGGAAAGAAGGAAAGUGAGCACAUUUGGCCACCACAGGAUGAUGUUCAGCUGGAGAAUGAAUUAUCCCAAAUAGAGCAGCCCGUGGAAGAUGAGGAGUCUUUGGAUCAAAUUUUCUCAAAAUUAGAACAGGAACGGGAACUGCUGGCACGCCUCAAUGAAAUGUAUGGCCUACAUCUCUGGGAUGGUGAGAAGAGAGCACCCGCUAAUGGUUUCUUCGGUAUGAGAGGCAAGAAAUUCGCCUACACCGAUGAUGACUUCCUGGACAAACGUGCACCAAUGGGUUUCCAAGGAAUGCGCGGGAAGAAGUGGUCUGAGCUGACUGAGGAGGAAUCCCUCGAGGAACUGGAGAAGAGAGCGCCACAAAUGGGAUUUCAUGGAAUGCGCGGGAAGAAGGAUGUGACUGAUGUACUUCAAACAGAGAGUGCUGAGAAGAGGGCUCCUGCAGCAGGUUUCUUCGGGAUGCGAGGAAAGAAACUACCAGGGUUCCGCAUUGGAGGCGACAGCAGAAACGGGAGAAACUUAUUUGGCAUCAUGAAAACCAAGAAGGGUCCCUACGAAUUCCGCGGUAAGUUUGUUGGUGUCAGAGGCAAGAAAAUCCCCACCGGGAGUGCACUGAAUAAAUUAAUCACGGAAUUGGAUGAACUUGAAGGAGACGGUGGUUAUCUGCAGACAGCACAGCUCAUGCAAGCUGAGGAAACGCCCAUUAAGAGAGUUCCGAGUGGAUUCAUGGGGAUGCGUGGCAAGAAAUGGGCAGGUGAGAUUUUCCCUUCAUUCACAUUUCUUUUUACUUCCACCGGAAUAUUUAAUUUGUGGAAUCUUUGUGCGGAAGCAAUUGUAAAUUAUAACUUUGGGGGAAAUGUGACUUUGGAGAAAAGUUCAAAAUAUCCUCAUUAGUUAUGACCAUCGCGUAUACGACAUCAAUUAAUCCCUGGGGAAAAUGUGUGGGUGGAUUUAUGAGCACUUCCCCGUAGGAAGAAUCUCGUAUUCCAUGGCAAUUAUCGCAUCAAUAAAAUUCCCAUUUUCUCCUUUUCACGUAGUCUCCGCCCGAGACCACACUAAAAUCUAGCCAGGGGUUAUCCUUGGACACACACGUGAAGCCAAAGGAAUUAUUUUGAAUUCCCUGCUUCAAACCCCGCGCGCUCCUUCAAAAAAGGUUCAGGGAAAUUCAUCCACCUCUUGUGAAUUUCCUCACAGGAGUUGUGCAUGUGAAAAUGUCUGCACAAGAUACAAUAAAUUGUCCUCUUUGGCACGUACAAUCAGCCCAAAGUUGCGAUACAAUCUCUUCCAGUCUCCUCCAACCAUUCAUGUGUAUAUGUGUGUGGAAUCACUGGAAGGCACUCUUUCUUCUUGCCACCACCACCCUGUAGCUAUAUAUGAGGGUGCGUGGGUGACAAGAAGCAGGUGGAUGCUGUUUUGCUGUAAUUUCAUUAUACGUCACACGAUCAAAAUCACACACUCUGGCAGGCAGUCGAACUAAAUGGUUGCUGUAGACGUUAAAUUUCUCCCUCAACUGCUUUUCCUGCGAUGGGGAAAGUUAAAAGUCUACAAUAUAUAGUUUGUGUGUCCUGAACUGGUGAGAAGACCCGGAAUACCCUAAGAACCCAAGACAGCAGAGAUUUUUUUUUCAUGAUUGCAAUCUUUUCAACACGACCCAAUUAACAGAUAUACAGGAGACAGCUUCAAUGCAUUCAUUAACAUAUAAUUAAAUUAAAAUUAUAUCCUUUUCAUCCUAAUUUUGAACAUUCGAAGGGUUCCUUGAGAGUAUGUGAAGAAUAACCUAACCAUCCGGGAGGAUAUGACAAAAGUUGUAAGGAAUUGUUUAAGCUAGUCCACGGAUCCUUGGUUGACGAUCCCUUAAAGGAUAUAACAGCUUACUCUAACGACCUACUUAAGGAUUAAAACUUUAAGGAAAAGAGCGGAAAAAAUAUAAAUAUCGACCAAAUAAAAACUGUCCUGAACCCCUUAAUCAGUCCAUGCACUCCUGAAGAAAAUCACAAAAAAAAUUAAACCACAUUCGACAGGACACAACUAUAUUAUGUACAAUGACUUUCAAUGCCUUGCUUUCAGAGUCCUCAAACGAGCAGUGAAUUGGGCAAUGGGGAGCACAGCAGGGAGUGAUGGUGUGAGAAAGAACCCAACAGCAAUUCUCUGAAAGAUAAAUCCCCAAAGACACCUUUUCUCCCUUCAAUUUUCCAGCAGGACCUUCUUCGUGGCCAAUUCAACGAGAUCCCCAACUGAAUUUUCUCACCCACAAUCUAUACCAAUUAAUUACUCUCUAUUAUCAACUGAUUAAACCGAAUAUACCAGGAUGGUCAAAAGGAAAAGGAGCUUUCAAUUGAAAUUCAUUAUUCAAGAUGCAUUUUGUUAGAGGAGAAAAGCAAAUAAAAUAAAAACAGUGAAAGGAAUAAAAAGGGAAAGAUGGAUAGUCGUUGAAAGUUAAUGUAAAAAAUAAAAAAAAGUAUAUUAAUAAAUAAUAUAUUUGCAUUGUAUUUUUAGUGAUGAAAAAGUCUAUUAUAAAGUUUACUGAAAAAAAUGCUGAAAAAAUCCUAAUUGAUGGACUUAGGAGGGGAGAAAAUUAAUGUAAAAUGUUACUAAAAAAAUAAAUUGACAAGUGAAAGAAAACUAUUACUAUUUAAAUACUUCAUACAUGCAGAAGGUAUAUAAAUUGCAUAUUUAUAUAUAAAGAUUAUAAUAUAUAACAUCUAACUUAUUUCUUUUGUGAACUUUUAGUCAUAUUAUUUCACUUUUGUGCUUCUUCUUAGUGAGAGAGAGAGAAAAAUAAAUAAAUAAAAAUAAAUUGGUGAAGAAUUAUAUUAUAGGACAUAUCAAAGUGAAAUAAAAUAAAAUAUUAAAAUCAAA